AUGAGCAGCGAUCUGCUCGUAGGCGAUGGGUACGAGCUCGAGACUACAUUUCGAGGUAACGAUUAUUUAAAAUUACAAUUUAUUGUCUUGAAAAAUUCCGAAAUUUGCAAUGUCCUGACCACGGGGGUGCGGCUGGAAAAAAGCGGUGAAAGUGAAGACGGUAUACGGUCUUUGACGAGAGUCUAUCUGUCACCCAUUUUAUCGGAGUUUCCAAGAGUGGAUGAGAAUAGUAAUCGUGGACUACAUCCUUUUAAGACUGUAAAUUGGGUUCAUUUUAGUAAAGCAACCACCAACAAACAGUUCUCCGUGGCGCAAUUGGCUAGCGCCUCAGCUAUAAGUGAGACUGAAUUGGAAUUUCUGCCCGUCUGGUGCGGUUUUAUCCGAGUUUUCAAUGGCGGGGUGACUUCAGAACGUCAUGAUGUAAGACCUGUGGGUCUUUUGAUUGGCGGUUAG